GUUACAAUGCGACUGUCAGCACAACACCUGCGGAACGUCUUGUGACCAGUGUUGCCACGGAUACAACCAGUUACCGUGGAAACCGGCCACGACCUACAGCGCCAACGAGUGUGAACCGUGUAACUGUCACCGUCACUCCUUCGACUGUUACUACGACCCCGAGGUGGAUCAGAGGACAGGAAGCUUAGACAUCAACGGACACUACAGAGGAGGAGGAGUCUGCCUCAACUGUCAGCAUCACACCACCGGAGUGAACUGUGAGCGCUGCAUCCCAACUUACUACAGAUCACCUGACCAGUCCAUCGAAUCCCAUUGGCCUGCUCGCGUGACCUGCGACUGUCAGUCAGAGUUUACAGACGGAACCUGUGAGGAUCUGACCGGUCGUUGUUUCUGUAAAUCAAACUUCAGCGGAGAGAACUGUGACUCCUGCGCCAGCGGCUUCAUCAACUUCCCCGACUGUUACCCCGUCACCACUUAUCCCACAAAUAACAACAACGGAGAAGCCAAACCAGCCGGAGACUACAUCAACUGUGAGUGCAGUGCAGCAGGUACAGUAGAUAACUCCUGCAGGCCGGACCCUCGGACUCGAACCUGCGUCUGUAAACCAGGUUUCACAGGUGAUCACUGUGACACCUGCGCUCCGGGUUUCCACGGACUCAACUGUCAGGCUUGUCAGUGUUCAGGUCCCGGCUGUCUGGACGGGUCAUGUGACUCGUUGACAGGUCACAGCGUCUGUCGGAGUGGUUUCCAAGGUUACGAGUGUGACCAGUGUGCGCCGGGAUACUACAACUACCCGCUCUGCCAACUGUGCGGCUGCAGCUCGGUCGGCUCUCUGCCUGAAGGCUGCGACUCGUCUGGUCGCUGUCUGUGUAAACCUGAGUUCCAAGGUCCUCGAUGUGAACAGUGCAGGUCUGGAUUCCACUCGUACCCCAACUGUCAAGUGUGCACCUGUGAUGCUCGCACCUCAUUGGACACCAGCUGCACAGCGUCGGGUCACUGCCACUGCCGGCCCAACUACAGCGGAGCGUCAUGUGACCAGUGUGCGCCUGGUUACUACGGUUACCCCAGCUGCACGCCGUGCCAGUGCUCUGCAGAAGGCUCCCGCUACACCAGCUGCGACCAGGUGACGGGACAGUGUGUGUGUCAGCACAGCGUCGUCGGACUGAGGUGUGACAGCUGUGCACACGGCGCCUACGGCUUCCCCAACUGCCAAGCAGGAAGCUGCCAUCCUGUCGGCUCGGUUCAUUACGGAGGAGGGCAGCCGUCAGCCGGUCAGUGUGACUGCCGUCGUCAUGUCAACGGCCCGGCCUGUGAUAAAUGUAAACCUCUGUACUGGAACCUUUCUCCUGACACUCCUGAUGGAUGCUCCAACUGUGAGUGUAACGUCGCCGGGACUGUGAGCGGAGUUGCAGAGUGUGCACAGCAAAGUGGUCAGUGCCACUGUAAGCCCAACGCCUGCAGUGGAACCUGCUCCACCUGUAAAGACGGAUUCUACAACCUGCAGGAGCAAAACUACUUCGGCUGUCAGGGCUGCCAGUGUGACAUCGGAGGUUCAGCAGGUCAGUCUUGUGGAGAGAGGAACGGUCGAUGUCGCUGCAGACCGAACAUCGAGGGACAGAAGUGUAAUCUGCCUCGUCCGGAUCAUUACUUCCCGGAUCUCCAUCACCUGAAGUUUGAGAUCGAGGAGGGAACCAUGCUGGACGGCCGGCCGGUGCGAUUCGGCUACAAUCCUCUGGAGUUCCCCGACUUCAGCUGGAGGGGUUACGCUCAGAUGUCUCCCAUCCAGACCGCAGUGAAGCUUCAGGUUUAUGUGAGCGAGGCAGACGUCUAUCUGACUCGUUUCAUCCUCAGAUAUGUAAACUCUGAGGUCGCCACCUCCAACGGUAAAAUAACGGCCUAUCAGGUGAACCGCAGAGGUAGGUCUCCACCAAUCACAGACAUACGUUAGAAUAAGAAACAAAGUAGCCAUGAAUGUGUGUGUGUGUGUGUGUGUGUGUGUGUUUUUUGACAUAAGUAAAUGUUAUAAUGAACCAAUAUAUAUAUGGUUCUAUAUAGUUGAGUUAGUUUAAUUUAAUUUAUUGUUUUACUUGUUGGAUUAUUCUUUUUAUUCUAUUUUAUUGCCUCAUUGUUUUCCUCUUAUAACUUUUACUUUUUAUAUCUGCUUUUAUGUCAUUACUUUUACCUUUUAAUUGUUUUAUUAUUUUAUUUUUCUCUUAUCUUUUUUAUUUAUUUCCUUUUAUUACCCCCUCUUAACAUUUUACCCAUUUUAUUUUAU